UUUUUUUUUUUUUUUUACUGUUUAUUUUAACCUUUUUUUCUCUCUCUUUCCACGUCCUUCUGUCUUUGUGCGUCAAAUGGGCAACGUCAGCACGCGGCAGAUCGACCUGAGCUCGCGACGGUUGACCGAGCUGGACGACAGGCUGCUGGCGUCGCGCAAGGUCCGCUCGCUGGCGCUGCAAGGCAACGUUCUCACGCACUUCAACGAAGUCUUGCUGUCACAGGAACAGCUCCGCGCUCUCAACAUUAGCGAGAAUCGCAUCACGGAAAUCCCAGAAGACAUUGUCAAGCUAAAACACAUUCAAUACCUCUAUGUCAGCCACAACUUGCUGACGACGCUGCCGAGCGAAGGCCUGGGACGAUUGCACGCUCUCGUGCACUUGAAGCUGUCCCACAAUGAGCUCACGAGCGUGCCGGCGACCAUUGGCCAGCUGACAGAGCUGACGCUGCUGGAUUUGUCGUACAACAACCUGACCGAGCUGCCCGACUCGAUUGGCCGUCUCCGCAAGCUCAAGCGCUUUGACGUCAAGCGCAACCAACUGACAGAGCUCCCCGACUCCAUGAGCGGGAUGGUCAGCCUUUACCGGUUACGCGCAGUCGAUAACCAGCUCAAGGCCUUCCCCAUUGCGCUCUGCCAGCUUCCCGCACUCGAAAAACUUGAUCUUAGCAACAACAAAAUCACCGAGCUGCCCGCAGCGAUCGGCAACAUGCCGCGGCUGGUCAAGCUCACGCUCGACAAGAAUCUGCUGACCAGUCUGCCGGACGCCAUCUGCUUGCUCGUCAACCUGCGCCAGCUCACCAUCUCACGCAACCGCAUCCUCGACUUGCCACACAACGUGUCUCAGCUGCACCACAUGAUUAGCGUCCCCUGGUACGCCUCGUCGCUCGUCUCGUUUCCGCCCCACCUCCUCGAAUUGCGAAAUGUGCGUCAGCUCGACCUCUCUCGCAACAACCUGACCAGCAUCCCGCCGGAAAUUCUCGAGCUCAAGUACCUCGAAAAACUCAACUUGCGCUCCAACCAAAUUCGCGAAAUCCCGCUGCAUCUCUGCAUGCUGCGCAAACUCACCUCGCUCGAUCUGGGCAAGAACAUGAUUACCACCUUCCCGUACGAGUUCCUUGCUCUGCGGCACCUGGAUGACCUCAAGAUUGUCGGCAAUCCCUUGAAAACCAAGUUCACUGCGCGGGCUGUUCGCAUCCCCACCCUCAAAGAACUUGCUGCCCGCCAGGUGCUCGUGUCUCCGCCCCCAACCAGCACGAAAAAGCGGAGCAAUUUCCUCCAUGCCUUUGCGCUGGCCUUGCCCACAUUCAGCAGCUUGCUUCAUUCCGACACCCAGUCUUCACCGCGAGGAGCGUCUUCGCCGCAGUCUUCGUCCACCGCCAUGCCGCCCGUCGUGCACCAGCCCCGUCCGCUGUCGCCAACAUCUGCGUCCUCGUCUGCCGCGGAAUUUCAGCCUGUCGCCACCACCGCUGCUACUUCGCCGGGUCUGCCUCUCGCCUCGCCGCUGUCGUCGACCCUUGCUUCCCUUUCAGCCUCGCUGUCCUCGUCGGCUUCGGUUGUCUUCCGCCGUCCGAUGCCUGGCGUGCCCAGCCCGUCCAACGCCGGCAUGACCCCUGCCUCCGAGGCAGCAGCAGUAGUAGCAGCGGCCUCCAACACAGCAGCAACUUCAUCUAGCAGUAGCGCCCCGCCGGCCACCUCCACGAGCGCCAGUGCCUCGGCUGCCGCUCCUGCUGCCCUCUUUUCUCCCGUGCAUGCAUCCGGCUCUCCCAGUGUCGCCCACAAGCCGCUCGCUCCCUAUGAGAUUCAGCGGCGCUUUGUCCUCGCCGUCUCUGCCCUCGGAGUGCGCUGUCGAAUCAUCCCUUACGAGCGCGAUGACAUUUCCGAGGACUUGGUCGAGUAUCUGGCGUCCGCUCGUGCUUGCACCAACUGCGGCGGGCCCUUCAUCCAAUCCAAGAUGGAAGUGAUUGAGUUCCACGAAAACUCCCAAAACCAACGCCUGCCCUUGCUCAAAACACUGUGCGGCACGGCUUGCUAUUAUCGUUACAAGUACCCCGACGGUGCGCAUCGCAAGCGCACAAAGUCGACUCCAACGGCAGCGAGCCCUGCGCCAGCCGCACCAGCAACCCCUGUCGGAAGCGUUUCUGCAGAAACAGCAGCAGGCGCGGCAACCACAUCAGCUGCGACCGCGACAACUGCUGCCGCAGCAACAACAACAGCAUCAUUAUCAUCAUCCUCCCUUCCUCCUGCUGCUCUCGCGGGUCUUGCAGAGACCGCGGCUGCAGCGACAGCCGGCACAGCAGCCUCAACGGCUGCCGCAACCACCUCGCCCGAAACUUCGCCUGCGACUGCGCGUCGCCGAAACUCUGCAGCGUCGCUCUUCACGUCCCUCUUCCGCGUGCGCACUUCCUCUCGUCCUGCCUCCUCUGACUACCACGAUGGCUCUCACAGCGGCUCACAUGGCUUUAUUCAUUCGAGCGAAGAUGGCGCCAUUUCUGGUCGUCGCUCCAGCUCGCACGCAUCGUCAUCGCGUUCAACCGGCGGCCUGGUACCCCGCCAUCGUACGGCGACCAGCCCGAGUGUGAUUCUGAGCGUCGCGUCGAAUCCUUCUGGUGCGUUGCAAGUGUCCUCGUCCGAGCCCCACCUUGCCGCAGCAUCGAGCACUGCUGCUGCUACUGCUGCUACUGCUUCUGCUUCUGCUGCUGCUGGUGGCACGUACCGAGCACGCGCCUCCACUCUGCAUUCGUUGGUCAUCCCUUCCGUGGAAGCACCGACAGCCAGCGACCGUGGCCUGCCGGCGCCCACACAUGCCGUGUCGUCCGAGACGUUGGUCGAAUCCAGCUCCAUGCGUCGCCACUCGGAAUCAUCCAUGCACAGCAAUGCCAGCGAGCAGACGAUUCCCGUCUCGCCUCACCACCGACGCGCCUCCGACCCGCCUGCUGCAUCGUCGCUUCCUCUGUCUUCGCAUCACGCAGCUGGGACGUUUUCGGGACAGACCCAGUCGUUUGCCGAGUUCUUUGCUUCGAUGCAGACCUCGCCUGGGGCAUCGAGCACCAGCAUGGGCAGUCCCCGCGCCACAGGCAUGCCGCUGUCCAUUCUUUCGGAAGACGACACGGACACGGAUGAUGACACCUGGCGCCGACCCGAUUCUCGCACAUCCUCCUUUGGAAGCAGCGCCAACGAAAGCGAGUCGUCCAGUCCCUACCUUGGGCUCUCUGCACGCUCCGGUCUGCCACCGCCCCGCUCACCUCGCGCCCAAGCACUGGCGCAUUCCUUCGAGCAGGCGCGUCUGCGUUCCAUCUCGUUGGAUUCAGCGCCAUCUCAUCGCACUGGCGACAGUGAUAGAGAGCUGAGUACCCCGUCACCAGUUCGCCCCAUCUUGGUUUUACCAGCAAGUGACACCUCCACUGCCUAAAACCUUCCCCGUCACCAUUUUAAUUUCUUGAUUGUUUGCGAUUUUUCAGUUAUCGUUGUUUGUGUUUUCAUUCUACCACUUUUUUUUUUUGUGUGUUUUUGUUGGUUAUUUUUUGUUGUUGUUGUUGUUGUUGUUGAUUGGAUGGCUUUUUGAUAUUACUGUUGUUGUUUUCAUCUGGACAACUUUGUGCCAUUCGUUGGUGCCUCUGUUGUGUUUGUUUGUUCAUAGCUUGGUUGUCAGUUAAAUGUUAUAACUCUC